CCGCCCUUUGUUAGUUUUGCGACGGUCUCAGCCAUACUCUCAGCGAAAUCCAAGGGCAGGAAAUGCGCGUUAAAUGUAUCGAAAUUCACUGGCACGACGGCAAGCCAAUCGCGACGUGUGAUUUCCAGCCCGUACCGUUCAAGAAGGCGCGUCCUACCGCGGGCGGGGAAAGGAGUUUUACGCGUCAGACCUAUAAGCUAGCCACGGGAGGAGAAGAUAAUCAUGUCAGGCUCUGGAAUGUUCACCCCAACAUGUUGCCACCAUCUGUUGUAACGGAAAGCGCUCCUGGAGAUGCAGUUGAAGCGAGACCUCCAAGGGUAGAGUAUCUAGCGACAUUGAACAAGCAUUCAGCCCCUGUCAACGUCGUGAGAUUCAGUCCAAACGGAGAAUUUAUCGCUUCUGCUGGAGAUGACGGCAUGAUUAUUAUCUGGUCACAAACCUCGUCUCCUAACACGGGUGUCUACGGCAGCGACCUGACUCCAGAGGAGAUGCAGCUGGAGAAGGAGUUUUGGAAGCCAAGAACCACGUUCAAAUGCACCUCUAUGCAGGUUUACGAUCUUGCCUGGAGUCCGUCAGGGGAGUAUAUAAUUUCUGGCAGCACAGAUAACGUAGCCAGGGUAUUUAGCACUAUCGAUGGCAAGUGCGUCAACGAGAUUGCCGAACACAAUCACUAUGUCCAGGGCGUUGCAUGGGAUCCACUCAACGAAUAUAUUGCUACGCAAAGCAGUGAUCGGUCCAUGCACGUUUACAGCGUUUCCACCAAGCACGGGGGCCUUGACCUUCACGCUGUGGGCAAGAACUCUCGAAUGACUACUCACCAUACUCGCACCCCGAGCUCCCACAGCGCUACCCCCAGCACCAGCCGACCCCGGAUGUUCCAUAGAGAGUCCAGCGCCAGCGAUGCCGAAUCCGUCAUCACAAGUGUCAGCGAACAGUUGCACCGGGAGGAUACUUCUGCCACUACACCGUCCAUAAUGGCACCCUCCCCCUCGCCCGUAGGCAUCCCACUCACCCCGGCGACUUCGGUUGCCAGCUCAUCGUCUAUGUUCCCCCCUCCCCCAAUGGAUAAACAAUCCUCAUCUAGACGAUCGUCUUUCAGCGGCUCUAAUGCGCCAAGCUCGCCUGCGAACUUUGCGCGAUAUGGGCGCUCCCCGUCACCGAUGCCCGCAUUGCCCGCCAUUCGUACUGCCUCGGCAAACCCGUCAACCUGGAAUCUAUAUGGCGACGAGAGCUUCACGACAUUCUAUCGACGACUGACGUUCAGUCCUGAUGGAGGUUUACUUCUGACUCCUGCUGGCCAGUUUGAGGAUCCAUCAGUGGUCCCAGGGUCUACCCGGUCCCCGUCAAAGUCCGAAGAGCCAACCCGUGGUCGGAAGCGCGGCUCGCAGGCUACAGAACCUGUCAACCCUUCAUCAACCUCUUCUGUCUUCAUUUACUCUCGCGCCAACUUUGCGCGACCGCCAAUUGCGCAACUCCCUGGCCAUAAGAAGGCCAGUCUUGCGGUGAAAUUCUCCAGCGUUUUGUAUGAACUUCGUCCAGGAGUAUUCGGCCCUGAUGUUCAGACAGAUACAAAGAUGAUCACCGUUGAGAGGGGAAAGGAAGAUAAUGUCACUGUCGACAUCGGGACGACUCCCUCUGCAACGCCCAUGACCACUCCAAGUCACACCGCAAUCUCGCUUGUCGAGUCAAUAUCGCCUCUUCCUUCGCCGCUGAAGCACUCCUCGGCACUCCUAGCGCCACUGGCCGUCCCAGCGCCAACGGGCACAUCAGGACUUUUGCACACUCUUCCUUCGCCAGCACCUUCUGCUAGUGAUUCUGUCUCUGUUCGACCUUUCAGUCCUGCGGUUUCGAAGCCACCUACUCCCGCACCUGGUACAGGCUCAGUGUUUUCUUUGCCGUACAGGAUGCUUUACGCCGUAGCAACGACCGAUACGGUGACGAUCUACGACACGCAGCAGUCCGGCCCUGUUUGUAUCUUGACGAACCUUCAUUACCGCGAAUUUACAGAUAUGACAUGGUCGCCCGACGGUCAAUGCCUCAUGCUUUCUGCACGAGACGGCUACUGCACAAUCGUCGUGUUCGACGAGAUCUUGCCUGCUCACCACACUCAACAACAAACCCUCCAGUUCCAAUCUAUCGCCCAGCACCACUCCGUCCCUCUUACCUCCUCAGCUUCCCUCACUCCGGCCACUACGCCAUCUGUCUCUGCCGUUUCCCUACCGCCAUCAGCUUCGCCUGCGAUCUCCGCAACACAUUCAUUGAAGAGGAGUGAACCACCGGCUACACCUAUCAGUGUCUCGGGUACGGAUGACGAGGCUGCAGCAUCGGGCAGCGUUGCUGGUGAUAAGGACAACGUGGAGGAGCCGCCCAAGAAGAAAAGGAGGGUGGUGUUGACGAGGGUUGGCGACGUAGGUUCAUAAAUUGGGUGCCACACCUCUUCUAACCGCUUCGAAAGCAUCGCUACUCGUCUACCUUCCCAAACUCGUUUGCUCGUUCAUGCUUUUCUAGCUGUGCUCCCCACCUCUCAGAAGUCAUAACGCGUGCUCUUUUUUUUUAACGUACUCAACGUCUUCUUGAUCUUUCUCCACCCUUGUGGUCAAUCUCGUCUGGCUUGGUUACAUGAUACGCUCAUGCUUUUGCAUUAUGCUCUUCCAUCUCUCUCGGUUCUGUCUGUUCUUUUUAUAUACAUUUCUCGCCCAUUCUCCUUAUUUCCGUCUCCAUUUACGUUAUUCUUUUUGCACCCCCACCCCCGUGUUUCGUUUGAACC